AUGGGGAAUGUGAAUGGGAGAGAAGAUGGGGGUGGAAGCCCAUCAGCGGCUGAGGAAGAGAGUGGUGGUGGGAGCGUGCAGGAGGGUCAUGCCCAUGGCCGUGGUGUUAGUGGUGGCGGUGAUGGGUCGUCUGAGUUGAUGGGUCAAUCGCCUCCUCAUAGCCCUAGGGCCACUCACUCCCCUUUGAUGUUUACUCCUCAGGUCCCUGUGGUUCCCUUACAAAGACCAGAUGAGAUACACAUACCAAACAACUCAUGGAUGCAAACUUCAGGGUUUGAAGACAUGUGCUGUGAGCAAGGAAUUCCGACUAUGAUUACAUGGAGCUAUGGUGGGAAGGAUGUAGCUGUGGAGGGAUCCUGGGAUAACUGGAAGACAAGAAUGGCCUUACAGAGAUCAGGGAAAGACUUCACGAUCAUGAAAGUACUGCCAUCCGGUGUUUACCAGUAUAGGUUUAUUGUUGAUGGGCAGUGGAGGUUCUCUCCUGAUUUACCCUUGGCCCAAGAUGAUGCGGGCAAUUCUUACAACCUUUUGGACUUGCAGGAUUAUGUUCCAGAAGACAUUGGCAGCAUUUCUGGUUUUGAACCUCCCCAGUCCCCUGACUCAAGUUAUAACAACCUGCAGCUUGGAUCUGAAGAUUUUGCAAAGGAGCCGCCAUUGGUUCCCCCACACCUACAAAUGACACUGCUCAAUGCGCCGUCAUCUUACAUGGAGAUGCCGCCACCUUUGUCAAGACCUCAACAUGUGGUACUCAAUCACCUUUACAUGCAGAAAGGGAAGAGUGGCCCAUCUGUGGUGGCACUUGGUACAACGGAGAGGUUUAUAGCGAAGUAUGUUACAGUGGUUCUCUACAAGUCCUUGCAGAGAUAA